CCAGCAGAAGCAGGAGAUGCCGCCGCCCGCCAUGGCGACGCCGCAGGCACCCUCCCCUCCCACGCCGCCCCCGUGGUCUUCCCCACGACCCUACCCAUCCCGCCGCCACCGCGCAGCGCGGUGCCGUCCUCCUCCCCCGCCUCCCCUCGGCUGGCCGGCGAGGUCCCGGGCUCUGAUUCGCGAAAAGGUACGAGCUUUCUGCCCUCCGGCGGCCGCCUCAAUCCUCGACCAGUUCCCCCGUAUUUCCGGCCGCGCCGCCCAGAUCCGCCCCCGCCAGCUCCCCCUGUAUGGACAAUGCUGGCUGUCAUCAGGUGUUUGGAUAGGAAAAAUGUCGCGGACAAGCAGGUGAGGUGGACGGAUAUCGGUGAGAAGAAACAGGAGCUCGUCCCCAACAUUGAAAAGGACCAUGCCAAGCAGGUGAGGAUGACGGAGAACAGCAGUCGGAUACAGGAGCUGGUACCCAACGUAAAAAAGGAUCGCUCAUCACAUAGAAGAAGCAUCGCUGAGCUGUGGAGGAGGACGGAGAUCAGCAAGCGGGUGCGGAAUCUGCAAGAGCUCGUCCCCAACAUGGAGAAGGUAAUUAAACAAACUGUUGGAACGCCAAAGCCAUACACUGACAUGGCUCUGCCAGGAAUUAAUCCACUGGUAGUAAGAGAUUGUUGGACUGUUUACAAUCUGGUGAGUACAUUGGCUUUAGGAUUAGGAUGUGGAACUUUGUUUCUGCAAUUCGAGGUGCAUUGGCUUUAGGAUGUCAUAGAUUGGAACUCUGUUUCUGCUGUUCGAGGUACAUUGGAUUAGGAUGUGCAUAUUAAAACUCACUUGUUUGGUUGUGGAUUGAAACAAAUCAGCAAUUGUGCAUGUUUCGUC